CAUAAAUUAAAUUACUACAAAAAAAAAAUGACAGAUUUCAACUUCGACAGUACUUGUACUUCUCCAUAUAUAAGUGCACCUUCAAGUCCUCAACAUUUUAGUACAACAUUCUUUUUUAGUGCUCCUACUAGCCCUACUCGUAUCUCCGCUCUUCACAGCGAAUCUAACGUUGCUGAUCGUGAUCAUGAUAACGAUAAUGAUAAUGAUAAUGAUGAUUUCGCUUUUGAAUUUAGCGGAUAUGAAAUAAUGGAGAAAAGUACGAUAGCAGCUGACGAGUUAUUUGAUGGCGGGAAAAUCAAAUUAAAGCAAGUAAUGGUACCUAUUGAUUCGCCGAAAAUGAAACAAAACAACAAAGAUAGUGUAAAUUCUGAAUCAAAUUCUUCUAUGAGAGUAUCGGAUGUUUUGUUAAUCAAUGAAAAUGCGGAGAAAACAGAGUCCUCUGUUUCGUCGUUAUGGAAAAGAAGAUGGAAAUUGAAAGAUUUAUUGUUGUUUAGAAGUGCUUCUGAGAGUCGAGCUAGUAGUAAUACAAUAGAGAUGAGUAAGUAUGCGUUGGUGAAGAAAGUUCGUGAAGAGGAGGGAUCGAGCUCGAGCUUGAGGAUAACGAAGAUGGGAUCGAAUUCGGCUCAUGAAUUGCAUUAUAAGAUGAAGAAGGAGGUGUUGAAAGAUAUGAAGAAGAAAACAUUUUUACCAUAUAAGCAAAGUGUUCUUAGUUGGCAUGGUUGUUAUGGUCUUGAUGAUACAAUUUCAAUGUAUAUUUCUCCUCGUUAGUAGUUUAUAGUAUGAUUAUUUUCAUGUUUCAUUGUAUAUUUAUUUGAUAUUAUACAUUUCGCUUGCCCGCAGGAU